UUCUGAGAGGUUUUGACAGAGCAAGUUAAGAGAAACUGUUUCUUCUGGCAAGUGAAUCAGCAACCAGGGGUUGCAGUUUGAAAAUAAUUGGCAAAUGAACCCGAGAGUAAAUAAGAAAUGUUUUCACAGGGAAGGUGCAGAAAUCUCACUCAACAUUCCUCGGUGCUGAUGAGCUGUGAGAAAUCUGAAUGAGGACACCGAGCACGUGACCAGACUGGCCCCUGUCUCAAUCAUCCGUAUCCACUUGCAGCUACUCCUUUGAUUAGAGUUCCUGCUCUGCGGUUUGACUGGUCCUCCUGAGGGGCCGUGCAGUCAUGUCCCAAGCGGUGGGGUUUCGAGUGGGCGCUGAGUUCUCAUCGUACAGUGAGCUGCAUCGCGAGUUCCGGCGCUACCAGAGGGACUGCGCCGUGCAGCUGUGGACCAGGCACUCUCGGACCAUUGAGGCCCAGAGGCGGAGGGCCCCUAAACGGCCCAUGAACGACGCGCUCAAGUUCGCUGAGAUUGACUACGCGUGCAUUCACGGAGGCAAACUAUUCAGGGCCAAAGGGACUGGGAAGCGAACAAACCAGAGAACCAACAAGACCAAGUGUCCCUGCGUUAUUAAAGUCCGCCUCUCUCCAGAUGGGGACAAGUUUGUGGUGAAAGAGAUGAUUGAAUCGCAUAACCACACGGUACAGGAGGCUGAACGGGAACGCUUCCCACAUCAAAGACGUUUCGACAAAGCAGUGCAGAGUAACAGAGCAGAUAUUAAAGAGAACCUGGGGAGCGCAGUAGAGCAGGGGAUCCAUCAGGAAGAUAAUCCCAGAGACAAAUGGACCACAUGGAAGAUGAACCAGACGAACCUGGAGAAAAUGGUGCCUGCGCUGGCAUCCGUCAAGGAUGGCAACGUGGUGGUGGUAGUCAGUAAGGCCAAUGUGCUACAGGCCAUCUAUUUCCAGGAUAGCAGCAUGAAGCAGACAUUUGAGAAGUUCCCCGAGGUGCUGCUGUUGGACUUUAUGCACAGAUGGGAGGGCUUGUGGCUGCCCACCUUCCUGCUGCUGGUGAUCGACGGCAAUGGGGAGAGCGACCUGGUGUGCCUUUGGUUCGCACAGAACGAGGAGCGUGAGACCAUCAAACAGCUGCUGCGCAUCUUCAAACAGAAGAACCCGGCGGCCGAGAGGAUCCAGACGGUGAUGUGCAGCGGCAGGCCCUACCGCGGGGAGGUGGUCUCUGAGGUCCUUCCCCACUCCAAGCUGGUCACCUGCCUUUUCCACACCCUGCGCACAUUCCGAGCGGACGUCACAACCGACAAGCUGCAUGUGACAGUUGGACAGCGAAACCUGCUGUUGGAGAUCCUCCACAACAUGUGCUAUGCAGCCUCAGCUGAGGAAUACGACCUCCUGUACCACCAGCUCCUCGACACCAACACUCAGCGAGCCAUCGACUACUUCCACAAGAACUGGCACGAGAGCCGCAGCCAGUGGGUGGAGGGCUUCAAGCACGAGAGCGAGACCUACCUGACCAGCACCAUCAACCGAGUGGAGCAGCUGAGCCAGAAGCUGCAGGCCCUGGUGGGCAAGUUCACCGACUCGGCCACUUUUGUGCAGGACCUCCUGAAGGCCAUUGACUCACUGCGGACGGAGUGUGACUACCGAGCCGUGCGCAUGUUCCAGAAGCCGCCCCUUGUGGCCCUGGAGGCCAGCUCGACCGCCUCGGCUUAUUUCAGCCUCCUCACCGGCUUUGCCUUCUCGCGGGUGCAGAGGGAGCUGGAGGAGGCCCAGUGGGUGACCUUCCUCAGCGUGGAGGGCGAGCAGGCGCAGCCUGUCUCCCGCCGGCGGGCUAUUGUGACGGGCCCGAGCAGCUGCCAGUGUGCCUUCCACACCUCCAUGAAGCUGCCCUGCCGCCACAUCCUGGCCUUCCGGCAGCUGCGGGGAGCUGACCUCUUUGAGCCGGCACUCUGCUCCCUCCGCUGGACCCGCGAGCACUACUUGAGGAACCACCCGGUCUUCCGCACCAGCACCGAAGCCCCAGCCGCCAGCGCACCGCUCCCGCCCCAGCAGCCCGAGUCACCGAGGGAGCAGAUGACGGUGCAGCAGGAGCGAUACCGCCAGGCCUUCAAGGUAGCUCAGAAACUCUCCGUGCUCGCUGCCGAGUGUCCCGCCGAGGAUUUUGACAGCUGCUUAGCGGUCAUGACUGCUGUCACCAACAUCUGGGCCAGAGGUGGCCAGGUGCAAGUCACCGAGAUUAAUGUGACUCACACAAAAGAGGAGAGAUCAUCGGCCUCAGACAACAUGCCAAGUGAUGUUGACAGUGUACAUCAGAACUGAUUUUAGACCCAGCGUACAUAAAAUGAGAACGGCUCCAAGUUCACCAUGCUGGAUUACCCACGUCGGAUGGUCCCAGGAGUCGGACUAAGGUUGUUUUCUUUUCCCCUUCUCUGAUCUAGCCUCUGUUUGUAUACAGAUGUAUUAGACACACACACACACACACCCACCAACCCACACACACCCCCAAUAACCACUGCAAAGUGAGCUUUGACAGACCUUGGAUUCAGCUUUGAGGUAAAUUCAUUUGUAGGCAUAAGGGGAAAUGACAUUUGGCUUGUUGUAAUGGAGAGAGAAAUUUUGUGAUGACCUUGGUGAAGUUUCUGAAAUUUGUGAAGGGAAUUGGCAAAUUGUUCCCAACAGCAAAGUGUUCAAUUCCGGAGGGAUGUGAAUCUAAACAUGACAUGUGGGAGGCAGCAGGAGACUUUUAAUCCCUAAGGGUAACAGUUGCGGGGUGAGUGGGCAGAGAAUUGCGUUGAAGUGGACAAUAUUCCCCAGCUGCAACAGGCAGUUGGUGUGUUUCUGAUGAGGGGAAGUACUGAGGGGCAUGAUGGGGUUUGUCCAUACUGUUCCACAGGUACUGACACUCCUCUGGCUUUCAGUCACCAAGUGAUGUGGACAGCCUGAUGGGGAGUAGAGGGUGUUACCAUCCAGCCUGAUGGUGCCGUGACUGAUGUAGGAACAGUAGGAAGCCAUUCAGCUCCUUGUGAGAUCAGCAGGAACUGCUGGACAACGAGUGAACUGAAUUCUCUUAACCCCCCCCUUCACUAACCAGCAGCUACUCACAAACUAUUGUUCCCCACCCUGCAUUCCCCCCAACCACCCCCAUCCUCCCUCCCCACCCCA